UGCGCAUGCGCACCGCCGGCGGGGCCUGGAGAUGGCGCGGCUCCUGGAGAAGCUGCCGCCGGGACGGGCGCUCGAGUUCCUUCAUAAGAUAGUUGAUGGCAUCUGUGGCCGGGCGUAUCCUCGAUACCAGGAUUAUGGCAAUGUUUGGAGCUUGUCGGAAUGGAUGGAGGUUUUAGAAGAAACUAUGACAUAUUUCAAAACUGCAGUUGGCAAAAAUAUGUCUGAUGAAGAGGCUGCUCAGCAGAUAAUUGAGCUAAAUUCAGACCUCCAAGAAGCAAUCACAAAAUGUCUGAAAGGUAGAAAGGAAGAAAUCAGGAGUGCCCUAGUAGAAAGUGUACAUGCAAUCUCUUCUGCCCAGCUGCAGGAUUUUGACUGGCAGUUAAAGCUUGCUCUCUCUAGUGAUAAGAUCUCCAUGCUUCAAAUGCCACUCCUCAAUCUUGAUUUGGAUGUGAGAGAAAAUGGUGAAGUUAAGCCAAUUUCUAUAGAGAUGAAUAAGGAAGAGUUGCAAAACCUAAUAAAUGCACUGGAAGCUGCCAAUAAGGUUGUCCUACAACUGAAAUGAUGGAAUUCAGAUCAGCAGUAUCUGCUGGUGAUGGCUCUCUUAAUGAUUUGGGGAGAAAAUGUGUUUACUGCAAAGCGAAAAGUUUUUGGUGCUGUAAAGUACUGAAGUCAGAAGACUGUUAUGACUUGUGACCGAAUGAACGACUAAUACUUCCAUAAAAAUUAUAACUCCUUGUAUCUAUUUGACCAAAAAUAUGUAAAUCUCAUCUACAGUUGCUUUUAGUACUAAAGGUUUAUAAGUGUUUGGAAGAGAAUCACAACAUGUGCCAUCUUUGUUUUGGUAAAACUUAGGCAGUGACUGCACAGGUGCCUGGUAAAACUAAGGCACCUUACUUGGAUUUUAUGUUAACUUAUGAGCAUGUGAUAACAUCACGUGCUCAAAAAGAACAUGAGAGAGUAUUUGUAGCAUUAAUGUAUUUAUACUUGUAAAUAUGGUAAAUAAACACCUGACUUUGUGUGUGAA